AUGGAGUUAGGCCAAGUCAGUGAAUUUUCGGUAUCUGUGGACCGAGGUCUUCUGUACCAGGGAUGGUUAUGCAUACCUACAGAUAGUGGCUUUAAGGGCGAAUUGUUGGCAGAAGCUCAUAGCUCCCCAUUCUUGAUACAUUCGGGCAAUACCAAGAUGUAUCAAGAUUUGAAGCGGUAUUACUGGUGGUUCGAUAUGAAAAGGGAGAUAGUUGAUUAUGUCAGCAAAUGUUUAGUCUGUCAACAGGUGAAGGCCCUAAGGACAACAAAAGGCUCUUCAGUGAUAUGGAUUAUAGUGGACAUGCUCACUAAGGUGGCACAUUUCAUUCCAGGGAAACCCACGUAUUCCAUGAAUAAGUGGGCUCAGUUGUACAUGAAAGAGAUAGUAAGAUUGCUGACUGAUAGACAAAUAAAGUGCUUAAAUCAGACGUUGGAGGAUAUGUUGCGCACUUGUGCGUUGGAGUUUUCAGGGAGUUGGGAUUGUAUUUGGUGGAGUUCGCAUAUAAUAACAGUUAUCAAGCUACCAUUGGCAUGUCGCCAUCUGAAGCUUUGCACGAAAAAGGUUGUAGGUCUCCUGUUUGCUGAGCUGAGGUAUGUGACAGAUUUGUCCCACGUGGUGGACUUUGAACCCUUACAUUUGAACGAGAACUUAAGUUAUGAAGAGAAGCCUAUACAGAUUUUUGCAAGGGAAGUGAAAGUUUUGCGCAACAGGGAGGUGCUACUGAUGAAGGCUCUAUGGCAGAAUCACCAACUCGAUGAAACAAUAUUGGAGCGAGAAGAUGGGGUGAGAGCACAAUACUCAGAGCUUGUUCAAGAUUAG